AUGUAUAAGAUUUUUGGGAAACCCAAAGAGGAACCUGAUGUUCUUCCAGCACUUGAACAGUUAAACGAGCACUUAGAGUAUCUUGAGAAGAAGGAGAAAGUAUUCCUGAAGAAGGUUUCUGAGGAGGUAGAAAAGGCCAAAGAGUUUACAAGAGCUAAGAACAAGAGAGCGGCUAUUCAAUGUUUGAAGCGGAAGAGGAUGUAUGAACAGGAAAUUGAGAAUCUUGGCCGUUACCAGCUUCGCAUUCACGAUCAGAUGAUAACGCUAGAAGGUGCUAAAGCUACAACUGAAACUGUUGAGGCUUUGAGAACUGCAGCAGCUGCAAUGAAAGGAAUACAUAAAGCAAUGAAAAUCGAUGAUGUGGACAAGACGAUGGAUGAAAUAAACGAACAAACUGAGAACAUUAAACAAAUACAGAAUGCUUUGGCCACUCCUGUUGGUGCAGCAGCUGACUUUGAUGAGGAUGAAUUGGAAGCAGAGCUUGAAGAACUUGAAAGUGCUGAAUUGGAAGAGCAACUACUUCAACCAGCAACUACAGCCCCAGUUGCCGCACAAAAGCAACCUGCUCGCCCAGUUCCUCGAAUUCACACUGCUGAAGAUGAUGAACUUGCUGCUUUACAAGCAGAGAUGGCUCUUUAAAUUGGAGUUACAUUUUUCUAAUGAUUAGUUACUGAUUGGUAAAAAAGUGAAAUGAAAUUUGAAACUCCGUGACAAUAACUAUUUUUCAAAGUCAGGGUAGAAAAGUAACUAUAGUGCUGUUGCUUUCACAUAUCUUUGAUAUCUGUAUGGGUCAUUGUGUACAUAGAUGUGUUGCAGAGAAUGGAGAUUUCCAUGAACAUUGCCCUACCAUUUGUGGUCCAUGCUCCAAAAAAAAAGUUUAUGUUCACUUGUUUAUAUUUAAUGACGUU